UAUAGAAAAGAACAUUAGAGUUUGGACUCAAUGAAAGGGCAGUCUCAGCCGUCUUCUCGUCGUCAUCUCCAUCUUCUCAUUCUCUGUCUCUCGUUCCACUUUCGGGAAAACACAAGAAAACCCAUUUCUACGAGCUAAGCUAUGAUGAGGCGGUAUGCUUCAAAGUUUAUUAAUUGGCACUUGGGUUUGAAGAAUUUCAGUUUCUCCAUGGUUGGCUGUGAGGCUGAAUCCUAUUAUGCAUCCAGAAACAGCAAGUACCAAGGUUUUUUUAGCGGCCAUCUUAGUGGCUCCUUGCCAAAGGCAUAUGCAACUUACUGUGCUAAGUUGCCAGAAGAUCCACAGAGCACUAAUCUCGCUUCUGACAUGUUAAUUGAUUCAUUUGGGAGGAUGCACACUUACUUGAGGAUCUCCUUGACAGAACGUUGCAAUCUACGUUGUCAGUACUGUAUGCCAGCUGAGGGCGUGGAGCUCACUCCUAGUCCUCAAUUGCUCUCGCAGGAUGAGAUUGUUCAUUUGGCAAAUCUCUUCGUGAGCUCUGGAGUAGAUAAAAUUCGUUUGACUGGUGGCGAGCCAACCAUUAGAAAAGAUAUUGAAGACAUAUGCUUACAGCUGUCCAACUUGAAAGGACUAAAGACCUUGGCCAUGACAACCAAUGGAAUCACUCUUGCGAGAAAACUUCCAAAGCUGAAAGAAUGUGGACUUACUUCUGUAAAUAUCAGCUUAGACACAUUAGUCCCUGCAAAAUUUGAAUUUUUGACUAGGCGGAAAGGGCAUGAAAGAGUUAUGGAUUCAAUUAAUGCUGCUAUUGACUGUGGGUACAAUCCAGUAAAAGUGAAUUGUGUGGUGAUGCGUGGGUUUAACGAUGAUGAGAUUUGUGAUUUUGUGGAGUUGACACAAAACAAACCAAUUAAUGUUCGGUUCAUUGAGUUCAUGCCUUUUGAUGGAAAUGUUUGGAAUGUCAAGAAACUAGUUCCGUACAUGGAAAUGCUGGAUAGAGUGGGAAAACAGUUUCCUGGCCUAAAGAGGCUGCAGGAUCACCCAGCUGAUACGGCCAAGAACUUCAGGAUAGAUGGGCAUCUUGGUAUGGUUUCUUUUAUCACCUCAAUGACUGAGCAUUUCUGUGCUGGUUGCAAUAGAUUGCGACUUUUAGCUGAUGGAAACUUUAAAGUUUGCCUCUUUGGUCCUUCAGAGGUGACCAUCUCAUUCCCUGCUAUAGUGAUUAUUGAUCAACUUCUUGAUUUCUUUAUUUUCCUUAUGCAUUGUUUGGCAUAAAAACUGAUUCACAUGCUCAUUGAAUUUGGAAUGCAUACGCAAAUUUAUAAUCAGACCAUCUAUUAGUUUGACUUGCCAGUACCAGAUAGAAAGAAUAUAAACUUCUUUUUCUCGUAGUUUCCACAUUUAGAUGAGUAUGUGAGAUUUUUAUGUACAAGUUUAGCCACUAAGGUAGAGUAUAAUUUAGCUUUUGGGGUUUUCUACAGAUACCAUCUCUGUUUCCACUAAAAUACGGUAUGCCAUGUUUCAUCAGAGCCUAUUUCACAGGUCAUUUUUAAUCUUGUUUUGUCUUAACCUGAAUCUUCCAAAUUCUUUGUGGUGUUGCAGGUUAUUCCAAAUGAACUUGCUUUAGAUUUAAGUCUUGACUGCUGUUAUCUAAAGUUGAAAAUUUUAUAUUUCUUUUUCCUCCUUCAGCUACCUCAGAUCCAUCACAGCAUUCUCUUUUAGAUGAGGUUAUACUCACAUCUGGUUUCCUUGUAAUGACCGUACAGUCUGUGUGUCAUACAGAGGCACAUUUAGCUACUUUACUCUAGUGCACACAAUAUUUUCUUCAUUUUGACUAAUGUGGUACCAAUUGAGUUGGAGUGCUUGGAACGAUUCUUUGUAUUAAGGAUCUUCUCCUUUUCUUUUAUUCUGGUACCCAUCAAAAAGAAAAAUUUAGCUCUUCUAUCCCACUUGCUUGUUCAACAUCCUCUUUCUUUUAUUGUGGUUGUUGCUAAUAUUACAUUGAAUGUGGUUCAUCCUAAAAUUAUUUGACUAUUUUAAUCUUGAAUUUUCCAUUGAAUGAUAUAAAAGCAGGCAAAACAGUUUGGCAAGAGAGCAUUUGUAUGAGAUUGGAACUGUGCUAUAAUACUUAAAA